CAGAUUCGCUGUCUCUCUCCCCGCGCGCGCCGCGUUUCCGCAUAGUUUCCAGCAGAUCCACCUGCGCGCGAGCACGACCUCAGCCAUCCCCGACCCGACCGAGCCCAGGUGUUUAGAGCAGCGCGAGCCGACAUGUCGUCGUAACGACGUUCAGCUCAGCGCCCAUGACGUGACACGGAUUUUUCUAAAGAAAACACACGCACACACACACACACACACACUUAUAGACCGAGUGGACACCGUGAUGGCGUGCUGCGCGUCACUGGGUCUCGUGCUUUUCACCGCGCUGCUCGUGUGUGCACCGGGACGCGCGCGCGGCUCUCAGGGCGAUAAGGAGCCCGUGUACCGGGACUGCGUGAAGCAGUGCGCGCGCACCAACUGCACCGGCGCCAAGCUGCGCGGCUUCCAGUCCGCUCAGCCGCCCUACAUGGCGCUUACGGGUUGGACGUGUCGGGACGACUGUCGAUAUCAGUGCAUGUGGACCACGGUUGGACUUUAUCAGGCCGAGGGCUAUCGAGUGCCUCAGUUCCAUGGAAAGUGGCCAUUUGUGCGCUUCAUGUGUUUCGAGGAGCCGGCGUCAGCUCUAGCAUCGCUGCUCAACGGUCUGGCGUGUUUACUGAUGCUGCUCCGCUACCGCAGCGCCGUCCCGCGGCAGUGCCCCAUGUACCACACCGUCACCGCCUUCUCACUGGUGUCACUGAACGCCUGGUUCUGGUCCACAGUAUUUCACACCAGAGACACUUAUCUUACCGAGAAGAUGGAUUAUUUUUGUGCAUCAGCUGUGAUCCUCUACUCUAUCUACCUGUGCUGCGUCAGGACGCUGGGUUUGCGGCGGCCUGGCGUUUCCAGCAUCAUUGGAGUUUUGCUCAUCCUGGCCUUCACCUCACACGUCUCCUAUCUCACCUUUGUCAGCUUCGACUACGGCUACAACAUGCUCGCCAACGCAACCAUAGGCAUGGUGAACCUGCUGUGGUGGCUCGGCUGGUGCUGGCAGAACCGUAGGACGUUGCUGUACUGGUGGAAGUGCGGCAUGGUGGUGGUGCUGCUGCAUGGCCUGGCGCUGCUCGAGCUCCUCGAUUUCCCGCCGCUCUUCUGGGUGCUGGACGCUCACGCCGCCUGGCACCUGAGCACUGUCCCUGUCCACUUCCUCUUCUACAGUUUCCUCAUAGACGACAGCCUCCACCUCCUCAACACAGAGAAGCCUGGAGUCAAGCUGGACUAGGAGGAGCUUGUCUUCGAGCCCCACCCCCUUUUUCUCCCAUCACUCCAAUCAGGACCAGUCUGUGAAUUUCCAGUUUACGAAUUGAGUUUACACUUUUUAACCACUCUGCUACGGACAGAUGUGAAGAGAGUUUCUUUUGCUUGCCUUGUUAGGAGGAGUUUGAUUUAUUAUUAUUAUUAUUAUUAUUAUUAUUAUUAUUAUUAUUAUUGUUGUUGUUUUUUUUACUCAUCAACCAUUUCUCACCAUGUUUUUGCCUUCACUGAGCUCGCCUUGAGCAGAAAAGCUUAAAUGUGAAUAUUUUACCGAACUUUAUUAAGAGUUUAUUUAAGGGUUUCCUGGGAUUAUUUAUAUUUUGUCCAGAAAUCUUAAAAAUGGUGUAAAUCGGAGAGAUCAGGAGUGUGACACGUUUUUCCACCUUCAACCGUUUUGUUUUUGUUUUGUUUUUUUACCAUUGGCAUAACUUACGUUGAGAAAUCUGAAGCGAUGAAGAGUUCACGGUGAAAUUUUUUUUAUCUUAUGAGGGAAAUGCUUUUGGAAUCCAUGUUCGUCUGCAUCUCAAACCCUUUCCUAGUGCACUAGUACUUUAGAAGACUUUUAAUAUUAAUGCGUUAUUGUUCCAACAUGUCCCACUGCUCACGGAUCAGACUGGACAUCCUUCAUGUGUCCUGCGUAGAAUUAAAAAUUUUAGAUUUUACAGUGAAAAAUAAAGCGUCAGAUGGCAGACUCCAAUCGACAUGAAGAAUGAUUGGCAGUUGCGUAGAUGGUUUGAACCUCACAGUAUUAACUGACACUCAGUGGAAGUUUAGCAUUUUCCCCCUGCCGUGACCGCUAACGGUACUACACGUCAGACCUCUCUAGGGUUGCCGCGUCAGACAGUGGACUCUUUAAAGUUUAUUUUGGUAUAGCUUGAGUCAUGUUCCUGAGUAUACAGUAUAUCUUUUAGGACCUGUUGACACUGACGUGGUACAGACGUGGAUUAGAGCCAACAUUAAAAAAUGUAUAUUUUCUCAGAAUUUUGACAUUCUGAUUUUUUUUUAAUCAGAAUUCUUUAAACUUAGAAUUCAGAAUUAAAUUAAAAAUCACAAUUAAUACUUUUUAUUAUCAGGAUAUUAAUAUAUUUAAAAUGUAAAUUCACGAAAUUAUUAAAAAAUAUUAAUAAUAUUAUAUUAAUAUUAUCAGAAUUCUGAGUUCAAACUUAAAAUUUAGAUCUUUUUCCCCUCUUGAAAUUCUGACU